ACCAUCUCCCAUGCAAAGGGAUGACCCCUGCAUCCUUGGCAACUGCUCCUUCUAAGCUGCCAACCUUGGCUCUGAAUUAUCAACAUUGUAACUUCAGGGGACAUGUUGGGAAAGGCCGGGAAUUUCAGGAAAGCAAAUAGGAAGUAGUUUUUGUAAGCAGCCUGACACUGAGGGGAGCUAGCGAGACUAUAAGAAGUCUGGGUUGAGCAGAAGGCAGAAAGCCAGUGGAGCACAGAGGAGAUGGCCAACUGCCUAAAAGCCAUUUGGAACCUGAGAUUCCGGGGCGUGGUCCUUGGUGCUGCCCAACUCCUCUGGCUUGGUGUCUUUAUCUCUGAGCCAACUAACCGGAUGGAAGUGGCAGCAUGGACCUAUAAUUACACUGCAAAAGCGUACACGUGGAAUUACUCCCGGAUAUUCUGUCAGAGGCACUUCACAGACUUAGUGGCCAUCCAGAACAAAAAUGAAAUUGCCCACCUCAAUGAAGUCAUACCCUUCUACAGCUCGUACUACUGGAUUGGGAUCCGAAAGAUCAAUAAUACUUGGACCUGGGUGGGAACCAAAAAGCCCCUCACAGAGGAGGCUGAGAACUGGGCCGACAAUGAGCCCAACAACAAGGGGAACAACCAGGACUGUGUGGAGAUGUACAUCAAGAGGAAGGAUGCGCUGGGCAAAUGGAACGACGAGCCCUGCUCUAAAAGGAAGCGGGCCUUGUGCUACACAGCCUCCUGCCAGCCUACAUCCUGCAGCCAACAAGGGGAGUGCAUUGAGACCAUCGGGAACUACACCUGCUCCUGCUACCCAGGCUUCUAUGGACCAGAGUGUGAAUACGUUAAAGAGUGCGGUGCAUUUGACCUUCCCAGACACGUAUCCAUGAAUUGCGACCACCCCCUGGGCAGUUUCUCUUUCAACUCAGAGUGCACUUUCCAGUGCGCUGAAGGGUACGAGCUGGCCGGACCCAGAGGGACGAAAUGUCUGGCUUCUGGGAUGUGGACCGAUAAGCCUCCACAGUGUGUAGCUGUGCAGUGUCAGCACUUGGAAGCCCCUGGCAGUGGAACCAUGGACUGUGAACACCCACUUGCCCCCUUUGCAUAUGGCUCCAGCUGCAAAUUUAGGUGCCAACCUGGCUACCAAGUGAGAGGCGUGGACACACUCCAUUGUGUUGGCUCUGGCCAGUGGACCGCACCCUUACCAGCCUGUGAAGCCGUCACAUGCAGCCCAUUGGGGAGCCCCGUCCACGGAGGUGUGCACUGCUCGUCAUCCUCAGCAGCGUUUCAGUACAACACCAGCUGCAGCUUCCACUGUGCAGAGGGCUUCAUGCUGAGCGGAGCAGGUGUCCUUCGCUGUGGUGACUUGGGACAGUGGUCAGCACCAGCCCCAGUCUGCCAAGCUUUGCAGUGCCAGGAAGUCUCUGCUCCAAGCAAGGCCCAGAUGAACUGUUCCCACCCCUUCGGUGCCUUUCGGUACGGGUCAGUCUGCGACUUCACCUGUGACGAAGGCUCGCUCCUGGUGGGGGCAAGUACACUGCAGUGCUUGGCUACUGGACACUGGAGUGCUGCCCCUCCAGCGUGCCAAGCCACUUCCUGCGCCCCCUUGCUAAGCCCUCAGCAUGGAAUGGUGAGCUGCAUCCAGCCUCUCAGGAGCGCUAGUUACAAAUCCACAUGCCACUUCACCUGUGAUGAGGGAUUCUCUUUAUCCGGAUCAGAAAGAGUGGACUGUACUCCGUCUGGACAGUGGACAGGCUCCCCACCCACGUGCACAGCCAUCAAGUGCCCAGAACUCUUCGCUCCACAAUGGGGCAGCCUGGAUUGUUCUCACACUUAUGGAGAAUUCAGAGUUGGCUCCAGCUGCCGUUUCUCUUGUGACAAGGGCUUCAAGCUAGAGGGCUCAAGCGAUGCAGAAUGCACAGCUUCUGGAAGAUGGUCAGUGCCCCUACCAACAUGCAAAGCUGUAGGGUUGACUCCUGCUGCUGUGGUACAAUGUCCAGCCCUUGCCACUCCUGGACAGGGGACAAUGCUCUGCAGGCAUCAUCUGGGAACCUUUGGUUUGAAUACCACUUGUUACUUUGGAUGCAAAGCUGGCUUCACACUGAUAGGAGACAAUGCUCUCAAAUGCACACCUUCAGGACAAUGGACAGCAGUGACCCCGGCAUGCAGAGCCAUCAAAUGCCCUGACCUGCACAUGGAUCCUCCACUAGUGAUGAACUGCUCCAAUCCCUGGGGAAAUUUCCACUAUGGCUCGGACUGCACUUUCCACUGUCCAGAGGGUCAGUUACUUAAUGGCUCUGCAAGAACAACGUGCCAAGACAAUGGCCACUGGUCAGACACCAUGCCCACCUGCCAAGAGGCGGCACUGACUGUCCAGGAAGCUCUGACUUAUGCUGGUGGAGCAGUGGCUUCCACAACAGGUCUGGCCAUGGGUGGGACACUCCUGGCUCUGCUAAGAAAGCGUCUCAGAAAAAAGGAUGAUGGAAAAUGUCCCCUGAGCCCUCAAAGUCACCUAGGUACAUAUGGAGUCUUCACAAAUACUGCGUUUGACCCAAACCCUUAAGAGACAUUCCCUUUUCCAGCGCACCUCAUCCAGACUCUCAAGAUCCUGCCAAAAACUUCCUGUUAGACUUGACUUCGUCUGUAGCACAUCUGUUACAGGUUUCUGUACAUAUUGUGGAUAAAGGAGAAGGACACUCCUUUAGAUUUGCUCUGGACCAGAGCAGGAAGGACUGUGCCACACAUUCUAGCCUCUCCACCCACCUUCUUCCUGAGACAGGAGCCACAGAAGCCAGGAGCAAAUGUUUUGACUGUGGUCUGUGGACUUUGACCUGGCUGUCCUUGAAAUAUUAGUUACUCAAAGAGACUGGAGCAUCGAUUCUCUAGAAGACCAGACUAUGGAGAAAUGAAGGGAGACAUCUCAUUAAUUUUGGAUUGAAAGUAGGCAUCUUCUAUGCUGCUGGAAGGCAGGAGCAUGUCUUACUUGAGAGAAUUCCCAUAGGAUCUCCCAAGUCAUCAUCAGUCCCUGUCUCUGGGGACCCUUAAAUGCUGCCGAAGUUUCUAGAGUAGCCUCUCGAUGGCGCCAGAGGCUGUGAGAGACAAGAAGCACAUGUUCCUGUGGAACUUCCCCCUCCACCGAAGAACCCAGAGACCAAUAUUCAAACCUACAGUUAAAGGCAUUUCCCCACCCAAUAUCAUAUUCCUCUAUUUAUGUUCUGAUCAAUAUGGUCUGUGUGUACCCCGUUGUUUGCCAUCAAUGUCACGCACAGUUACAAUUGUCCCAGUUACGGUCCAAUCGUUCAAUGAGUUGGCAAAUACAUAUCCACACCCCUGCUCCAUGAGAAAAUCAGGGGAGCAGAAAAAGCCUUCAUCUUAAUGUUCUACAGAACAGAUGUAUUUUAUUGGUUAUUUAAAUCACAUGUUUAAUAAAUAUGUCACUGAAAAUUA